CUUUUGGCUCGCUUCCUGGAAAGUGCCGCAUUUGAGCGAGCAGCGCUCAGCGAAAGCUCCGCCUCUGCGCCUCUGGGGGGGCUCCUUCACCUUAACGCCGCGCCGCUCCCUCUCCGUCCCGCAGAUGGCUUUGGGAUCCGUGACGAGCAGUCAGCGACAGGGCGCUCGGCGAGGGGGUCGGGACUUGUGACCGGAAGCUCCGGUAGGGGUGGCUGACGUAACCGCUGCUGCCGCAUUCGGACGCACUUAAAACAACCAGCUGUGAGGAAGCUUUAAAUCUGCCGGCAGCCGGGAGAUUGAGUGUUGAGAGAGGAACCUGCAGCGGGCCGUGUGUGUGAGGACAGGCACCCCGAGCAGCCGCUGCAGAAGCUGACGCUAAUACCCACGCUGUGAAGACGUGAUGCGCUAACUCAACCUUUUCUACUCCCAAAAUGGACGGACUGUCAUUUAACUUAAAUGUGAUGGACAAUGAGAUCCUGAUGACCAACAUGCCUGACUUGAUGUACCAGCCCAUGUCUCCGGCCAGUAUGAAGGUCGAGCCCUUUCUGGAGACAGCCCACGGACCGUACCUGCAGAUCAUCGAGGAGCCCAAGCAGAGGGGAUUCCGAUUUCGGUACGAGUGUGAGGGACCAUCCCAUGGGGGUCUGCCAGGGGCUUCCAGCGAGAAGAACAAGAAGACGUAUCCCACAGUGAGGGUGGGUAACCACAUAGGCCCAGCCAAGGUGGAGGUGCAGUUGGUGACGCACACAGACCCCCCACUCAUCCACGCCCACAGCCUGGUGGGGAAGCACUGCAACGACGGGGGCAGCUGCAAUGUCAUCGUGGGCCCCACGGACCUGACGGCGCAGUUCAACAACCUGGGCAUCCUUCACGUCACCAGGCGAGGGGUGGUGGAGGUGCUGACCCGGAGGCUGAAGGUGGAGAGGAUGAAGCAAACAGGAGGCCGGGGCCACCUCACCGAGUCAGAGGAGCGGGCCGUUGCCAAAGAAGCUAAGGAGCUGAGCGUCUCCAUGGAUCUCAACGUGGUGAGGCUCAAGUUCACGGCCUAUCUGCAGGACAGCCAGGGCGACUACACGCUGGCCCUGAAGCCGGUCAUCUCCAACCCCAUCUAUGACAGCAAGUCGCCCAAUGCUUCCAACCUGAAGAUCUCUCGCAUGGAUAAGACAUGUGGCACCGUGCUCGGGGGAGAUGAGGUCUUUCUGCUGUGUGACAAGGUGCAGAAAGAUGAUAUUGAGAUUCGCUUUUUCGAGGACGAAGAUGGAAGCUGGGAAGCGCUGGGUGACUUCUCUCCCACUGACGUCCACAAGCAGUACGCCAUUGUGUUUAAGACCCCCCAGUACCAUACCACGGAGAUUACGAGGCCCGUCACCGUCUUCCUGCAGCUGAAACGCAAAAAAGGUGGCGACUGCAGCGAGCCCAAGCAGUUCACCUACGUGCCACACAAUGAAGACAAGGAGGAGGUCAAGCGUAAGAAGCAGAAGCCUCUGCCUGACGUGUACGACCACUGGAGGGGGCCAUUUGGGGACAAUGAUGGGCUCGGGGGGGCAGGAGGACAUGGAGGCAGCGGAGGAGGGGGAGGAGUCAAUGGUGGAGGAGGUGGUUCCUGCUUCCAGUUCGAGCCUGCCAUGGGUGGCGGCUUUGGCCAGUUAGGCGGGGAUGGCCGAUUCGGAGGGGUUGGAGCUCAGAUGUCCGAUUCGUCACAGCCACAGGAUGUGGCCCCAGGAAGCCAACUGCGGGGUCAGGGGACACCACUGCAACAGCGCCUCCUGCAUGUCGCCGCCACAGUCCAAGGCAGGACUUCCCCGAUGUCCCGGCAGAUGGCAAGAGCCCUUCUGGACUACUGCCGUUCCGGAGACAUCCACCUCCUGCUGGCUGUGCAGAGACACCUCUGUGCAUCCCAGGAUGAAAAUGGUGACACACCUUUGCACCUGGCCAUCAUCAACCAGCAGACGUCCGUGGUGGAGCAACUGGUCCGCACCAUCGUCAGCAUGAACCAGCAGAAGAUCCUGGACACACGUAACCACCUGCAGCAGACACCUCUGCACCUGGCAGUGAUCACAGGGCAGCCCAAGGUGACGGGCUUCCUGCUGGGAGCAGGAGCUGAUCCCAGCUUCCUGGAUCGGGAUGGGAGGACGGCCGUGCAUCUGGCCGCAGCCUUGGGGGACGAGACCAUGCUACGCACUGUGCUGGCCCCCCUGGGGGAGCGGCAUGCCCGCCUGCUCAACGUGCCCGACCACAGCGGGCUCUUCCCGCUCCACCUGGCUGUGCGUAAGGGGGCGGAGCGAUGCUUGCGGGCCCUGGUGGAGGCCGGGGCCUGGAUCAACGCGGCGGAGCUGAAGGGCGGCUGCACGGCGCUGCACCUCGCCGUGACGGAGAACCUCUUCAGAAUGGCCUUCAUGCUGAUCACUGAGCUCAAGGCGGACGUGAAUGCGAUCACCUCCGCGGGGAAUACGCCACUGCACCUGGCCGCCAGCCUGGGCUCCCCCACGCUGUGCUCCAUGCUCCUCGCUGCAGGUGCCCAGAAGAAUGCGGAGAACGAUGAGCCGCUGUUCAGCCUCUCCUCAGAUGAGGAGCAUGGGGAAGCAGAAGAGAAAGUCAAUGAGGGAGAAGAAGGGAACAGACACCAGGCCAGGAUUCCCUGCAAACGGCCUGCCCCGGGGCACACGCCUUUCCACCUGGCCAAGUGCCAGAAGGUCAGGGAGCUGCUUGACUGUAGGAAGAGUCCCAUGGCCAGUAGACAUGCAGUCAGCUCCCCUAAGACACCCACAGACGAUGUGUCCCAUUUGGAUGGAGAGAUCCUUCAGCAGCUGGACGGGAUCCUCAGCCGGGGCCACGUUCCCUGGAGGGAUCUGGCUGAGAAGCUGGGGAUGCUGACGCUAGCCGACCUGUUCCAGGAGACGCCUUCGCCUUGCCAGAGCCUGCUGGAGAGCUACCAGGUGGGCGGGGGUCAGGUGGCGGGACUGGUGGAGGCCCUGCAGUCCCUGGGCCUGAACGAAGGAGUGAUGCUACUAAGACAAACAGAGAUCAAGGACAAGACACACAGUGCAGAUGCCACAGAAGACAGUGGUUUUGGCAGCCAGACGAUGGACGAUAUGGAGCGGCCCGUCCUUGCCAACUCCUGAGCGAUAAGGCCUGGCCCCAUCUCACUGACGGGGGGAAUCAGGCAUGAGAGGUUCCUAUAGAGGUAUCAUGUGACAUGAGGAAUGACACUCCUGCCCACUUUGCUGGUACUCGUGAGCUCAAAACAUUGAAAGCCCUACGGUUCUGAAAUGACUGAAAAACAGUUUGCCCAGCAGCAGAGGCCAAAAACUGUCUUGCAUCUUCGGGACGCGAGGCUGUGUUCCACAGGAAAUAUUACACCCACUUGAUGUUUCGUAGUAAGUCUUCACCGUCCUACAAAUACCGUGUAUUCUUUGUGUGGGUAGAAGACUGCACAGCACGUUUUUGCCAGUCAGGGAAAAACUGGUGCAAAAUUGAAAUGAAAUAUAUUUGAAUGUAGUGACCUUCUCCGGAAGCAGCUUUUGACUGAGGUUUGUGUCUUUAUUGUCAAAGUCUUUUAAAAUAAAGUCUGGUCCCCAUUCCA